AUGAUUUUCCCUAUCUUGUUCACAUUUUUUCUCCUCCUCUCCUCCUCCAAUGCUGCCGUGCAAGACUUCUGUGUUGCAGACUUGGCAGCUCCUGAAGGCCCUGCAGGCUUCUCUUGCAAAAAGCCUGCAAGUGUUAAAGUAAAUGAUUUUGUGUUCUCGGGCCUAGGCAUUGCUGGUAACACCAGUAACAUCAUCAAAGCUGCAGUCACCCCUGCAUUUGCUGCUCAGUUUCCUGGUGUCAAUGGCCUUGGCAUUUCCAUCGCCCGUCUAGACUUGGCGGUUGGCGGAGUUGUCCCAUUUCACACACACCCUGGAGCUUCAGAAGUCCUAAUUGUCGCCGAAGGGACAAUCUGCGCCGGGUUUGUUGCCUCAGAUAACACACCUUAUCUGCAAACUCUUGAGAAGGGUGACAUUAUGGUUUUCCCUCAGGGGCUGUUGCACUUCCAAGUCAAUGGAGGUGAGGCUCCAGCCCUUGCAUUUGCUAGCUUCGGGAGUGCAAGCCCGGGUCUCCAAAUUCUGGACUUCGCUUUGUUCAAAAACGAUUUGGCUACCAAAUUAAUAGGUCAGACUACUUUCCUUGACGCUGCUCAGAUAAAGAAACUGAAGGGUGUUCUUGGUGGUACUAAUUAA